GCACGUCACGCCGACGCUCAGUUUCCGUGCGCGUGUCCUAUCAGCAAGCGGCUGCAGGUUUUCUUAGAUAUUUUGCAUCAUAAAUCAAUGAUUUUCAACAUAAAAACUCGGUGAUUAACCGAUAGUGUGACUCUGUGACUUUCUUCGGUUUAAAAGCGCGCGUCGCAACGCGAGAGCGCAUUAGAAGUUUCACAUCCACAAGUGAAAGAACACGCACACAUAUAAUAGUGAAGUAAAAAAAAUUUUUUUAAUAAUCUACUCUUUUUCUACUCUUACAUCGCGAGGGUUUCGCGUGACAAAGGAUGAGAUUUAUCUCGCGCGGGAAAUAAUUUGAUGUCUUUUAAUCAGCAACGCCGGUCACGCAAGCCGAACAGCUGAUUGGGCACGCGUCGUAGCAUCAACACCCGGCCUCAAUUAGCAAUUCACUUCACGAAAAGAAAAGAAAGAUUCUAGUUAAGCUUUAUGAAGAUUGAUUAUCUGCUCGAAGAAUUUCUGUUACCAAUUUUUCUUGUCUUUUGACAUUUACGCACACAUGCGUAACAAAACAACUUAAUUACGCGCAUUUAAAUCACAAAUUCAAAUUAACUGAACUAGAAAAAGAUCUCCGAAGCAAGAACCUUAUCGCCAGCGUUAUCGCGGAGGGACCAGAGAAAGGCUGACAAUCACCACGUGAUAUCCUGUUAAAUAGUGAGCAACUUCGGAGAAGACCAGGUGUCGCGUUAUAUUCCUCGCGCUGCCAUCAUUAAUAUUCUGUCGCAAAAUCAAUCUGAAAUUUCGAUCGGAACUCGCUCAUAUCGAUUUUUCGCAAUCGAUAAAGUGCGUCACGCGCAUUGGCCAACCUUGGGAAAGUUGAUUGACAUGCAGAGCAUUGAUUAGGUCAAUCCGUGGAAGAUCGACGACGGCAUUUGAGUGUUCGGCAGAUGGUCUCCAAACGUGCUUAGAAGACACAAGAAACACCAUCCUUUAUCAAAGAUGUCGCCGAACGAGAACAGGAUAUCAUCGGCAACCACGACCGAAAUGAACAAUACACUGAAGAGCAACCGGAUCGUAAAUGGCGGAUCGAUAAGCGCGAAGGAGCAACAGACAGUACGAAAGGACGAGUCGACCGAGGUCAAGGUUGAAUACGUGCCAAGGAUCAAGUGGUUGGAUCUCGGCGCGCAAAUCUUUAUACACGCCGGUGGUCUCUACGGUCUCUAUUUGGUGUUCACGCAGGCAAAGCUACUCACAACACUGUGGGUGUUCAUAACAAUUUAUAUAUCCGGAUUCGGCAUUACGGCUGGCGUUCACAGAUUAUGGUCGCAUAAAUCGUACAAAGCGAAAUGGCCUCUGCGUCUGCUUCUAAUCUUCCUAUUCACGAUUACGGGACAAAAAGACGUAUAUACGUGGGCAUUGGAUCACAGAGUACAUCACAAAUACAGCGAAACCGACGCGGACCCCCAUGACGUGAGAAGAGGUUUCUUCUUCGCACACGUGGGGUGGCUUUUUACGACGCCUCAUCCCGACGUCGUUGCCAAGCGCAACGCCGUCGACAUGAGCGACUUGGAAGCUGAUCCUAUAGUUAUGUGGCAGAAAAGGUUGUAUAUACCUCUAUUUGCGCUUCUGACCAUAGGACUGCCGGUGUUCGUUCCUUGGUAUUAUUGGUCGGAGUCGUUGUGGGUUUCGUUCUGGGUAAACUUCAACCUCCGCUUUGGCAUAAACUUAAACAUAGCUUUCUGCGUUAACAGCGUGGCACACUCGUGGGGACAGAAACCCUACGAUAAGAACAUCUCGCCGGUGGAGAACUUCGCGGUGUCGAUCGCGGCUCUCGGUGAGGGAUAUCACAAUUAUCAUCAUGUAUUCCCGUGGGACUACAAGACCAGCGAGUUGGGCGAUUACUCUUUCAAUUUAAGCACCGCCUUCAUCGAUGCGUUCGCGCGGAUCGGCUGGGUUUACGAUCGGAAGUAUGUUUCGCCGAUGAUGAUCCGUCGCAGAGCGCUUCGCUACGGUGACGGAAGUCACAUUUGGGGUUACGGAGAUGUCGACAUCUCGAAAGAGGAUAAAGAAGAGUUAGAUAUGAUGGCCAAUCAGGAAAAUUGAGUCGAUGUCUUAUCAUGAAAGCGUUUUACUAGUAAAUUCUCUCGAAUCAAAAAAUACAGCGAGAAAUAGUAUUUCUUUAUUAUGCGUCAUAUAGGUAAAUAUAGAAGUAAGUAAAAAGAUUUUGGAGUCUAUAAGUUUAAGUUUCAUGUAGAAUAUUGUACCACUGGAAAAUAUUUAUAUAUUAUAACGAUUAAAGUUAAAGAUAUCUU